UAGAGCAAAAGACGCCGUAUAAUCAUUAUUGGAUGCCCUAUCACACUUGGGUUAGGUGAUUAAAUGCCAGAAUUUUGGCAUAAAUGAUAACUGCUUAAAAAAAUUAUUUAAAAUCUUCCCUGAUCUGGCUGUUGUUUAUGUAUAGUAAUAAAACCUGUUUCUUAAGACCAAAGCUUACCGAUGAAAUGUGAAAGAGUAUAAAACUAUAGACUUAUUUUCCCGGCUAGUUGUUGUUAGAACAAACAAACGCUCCCGUGUCAAUGAUAAGAAAACAAGCACUUGUAAGACAAAAACGCUGAAUUUAUCUACGCUUAGUUAUGUGCUGCAACCGUAUUCCGGAUGACUCAGAAAGGUGUCGAAUAGACUGAGUGAGCAGCCGGAUGCGAAUCACUUUCGGUGUAGCUUUCGGCGUUCCAGCAUCGAUCUAUCGCUAUGGUUGUUGUAAUGCAUGUGACCCCGCCCAGGGUGAACGGCUGGACCCCGCUCCUGCUGCUCAUCUGCCUGACAGUAACGCUGGGCACUACGGUUCCAGUGGGCUACUUCUUCGGAGUCCUCAAUGCCCCGGCAGAGAUUAUCAAGAAGUGGUGCCAGGAUAUCCUGGCGACCGAAUACGACACCAUCGUCACUGCUGGGCAACUGGACAUCCUUUGGACGAGCAUUGUGUCCAUCUACCUGAUUGGCGGCAUCUGCGGUUCCUGCUUCAGUGCUCUGCUUAGCGAUAAAUAUGGCCGGAAGGGUUGCCUGCUGAUCAGCGGCGUGCUGCUCGUGAUUUCUGGUAUCCUCUUCAACUGGUGCCGUGCAGCCAAAUCCCUGGAGAUGCUGAUGACCGGUCGCUUCCUGGGCGGGAUUGCCUCUGCACUGAUCUUCACCGCCCAACCCAUGUACCUGCUGGAGUUGGCUCCCUCGGAGCUCAGUGGCAGCGUGGGAGUGUUCACCUGCAUCGGCGUGACCGGUGGGAUCCUGCUCGCUCAGGUGUUCACUCUGUCCCACUUUCUGGGUAGCGAGCGACUGUGGCCCUAUGCCCUCAGUUUCUACAGCCUGUUGGUGGUGGCUUCGCUGCUGCUCCUUUGGUGGUUUCCAGAGAGUCCUCGAUGGCUUUACCUGCACAAGCGGGACUACGCCGCUAGUGAACGGGCUUUACUUCGGUUGCGUGGAAAAAACGCUGAGGAAGAAGUGCAGCAGGAACUGCUCGAAAUGAAGGCCGCUCUGGAGACGAAGGCCAGCUCCGAAGCCAGCUCUCUGUGCUCGGUGCUGGGAGACAGGGAACUGCGGCUGCCACUCCUUCUGGUUUGCUCCUUUCAGGCCACCCAGCAGCUCAGUGGCAUAAAUGCUAUAUUCUUCUACUCGCUGUCCAUUCUGACAAAUGCGGGGUUUUCGGCAGGAGCAGCCACUUGGCUGAACCUGGGAAUUGGAGGCUUUAAUCUGUGCACCUCGCUGCUGGGGCCGCUACUGAUACGCAGGUUUCCACGUCGCCCACUGAUGAUGAUCUCCUGCUCCAUAUGUGCUCUAGCCCUGCUGGCCAUGUCUUUGGGACUCUUUUUUCUGGAGAGAUCGGAGAGCACGGUCCUUACUUAUUUCUGCGCCACCUUUAUCCUUACAUUUAUUCUGGGAUUUCAGCUGGGACUGGGUCCCAUUGCCUACUUUAUUGGCUCAGAGCUUCUGGAGGAUUCACCUCGCCCCGUGGCCAUGUCGAUGGGCAGUCUCUUCUCGUGGAUCGGCAACUUUCUCGUGGGCAUGUGCUUCCCCCUGCUCCAAAGUGUCUGGAGCUCCUUCGCCUUCAUCCCGUGUAUGUGCGUGUGCCUCUACUGCCUGUUUCUGACCUGGCGCUUCCUGCCGGAGACACGCGGUCGAGAGCCCAAGGAUGUCAAGCCCCUGAUGAGCCAAGGCCUCGCCUCCAAACGGAAUUAAAACAACGCCUUUUCGUAGAGCACACAACUAGCUGUAUAAAAAACUCUAUGGGAUACGAUGGCUUAGUUACAUUUGUCAAAUCAUGUAAUGAACUUCUGGGACAUUAUUUUUGAUCUACUGAG